AAUUGUCAAAAAGUGACAUUGAAUACAAAAUGGCUGACGUAAACAUGGCGUCUUGGUAACUGAAAGUGACGCUUGUCUAAAUAUAAUUAUUUUAUUGAUUUCAGGUUAAAUUGGAAGCCAAUAUACCCAUUUAACUAUUGAAAACAGCAGGCAGAGCCCCUGCCAUGGCUACACCAAACAGUUAUAAACAGAGCCCAUCAAUGUCGAUGCCAAGCCCUCAAAGCAAUCCGCACUACAUGAUUGCGGGGCCCCCCAUGAGUUUCGGUAUGAUGAAAGGCGGUAUGAAUGCACCGCCGCCGCACCAUAACCAAUACCAGUACCACCACCCGCAAUACCAAGGUGGUCCCUCGCUGGGCCACCCGGGGGGGUACGGGGGCUGGGCGCACAGUCCACAGCAACGUUUCGGUGCAGAGGGCGCGCGCCGCGCCGCCGGCGCCGCGGUCGCGGGCACUGCCGCCCAGGCCGCCAAGGAUGAUAAGACCAGUCCCUUUGUAUCCACGGUACAUUCACAUCCUGGAUUUCAGCCGCAGAAGAUCGGCAAGGGUGCCGGCGCGGGCGCCGGUCUGCCAAAGCCCCCGAAGCCGCCAGAAAAGCCUUUAAUGCCCUACAUGCGAUACUCCCGACGUGUAUGGGAUACCGUAAAAGCUGCUCAUCCCGAUCUAAAACUAUGGGAGAUAGGCAGAAUUAUUGGGGGCAUGUGGCGAGACCUGCCAGAAACUGAGAAGGCUGGAUAUGUUGAUGAGUAUGAAGCCGAGAAGUUGGAGUAUGAGAAAAGUCUGAAGGCAUACCACAACUCGCCCGCGUAUUUAGCAUAUAUUGCGGCGAAAAAUAAAGCUGUAGUAGGUAACCUUGAGGAGGAGACCUCGAGCAAGAAAGGCAGCUCACAGAAAGAACAACAGCAGCAGGACAGGAGGAUUGAUAUACAACCCGCUGAGGAUGAAGAAGACCAAGACGAAGGGCUCUCGGUGAAGCACGUGGCGUACGCCCGGUACCUGCGCAACCACCGCCUCAUCAACGAGAUAUUCUCCGACACUGUCGUACCCGACGUACGCUCCGUCGUCACCACCGCUAGGAUGCAGAUCUUGAAGAAACAAGUGCAGUCGCUGACUAUGCACCAGAAGAAGCUGGAAGACGAGCUGCAGCAGAUCGAAGAGAAGUUCGAAGCCAAGAAGCGCAAGUUUAUUGAGAGCAGCGAAGCUUUCCAAGAGGAAUUGAAGAAGCACUGCAAGCCGGCAGUAGACGAGGAGACGUUCUCCCGCAUGGUGGAGCGCGCGAUGGAACAGAUGCGGCGCGGCAUCACGUCCACCACGCAGCCACUCGCUCCUCCACUGAAUCCAGUGCCUCAGGAGAGGAAGGAUGAGCCAAUGGACCAAGACCAGCCUCAAGUUAAACCAGAAACGAAUGGUCCCAACCUGCCCACACAAGUGGACAAGGUGUCCACCACUGAAGUGAAGCCGGAGAGUGUCACCACUGAGCUGAAGAACGAGCCAGAAGCCAAGGAGAAGGAACCGGAGGAACCAGCUAGCAAUGGACCGGAGAGUGAAGGUGAACGUAAAGAAGACAAACCUGUACCUAAGCUAGAAAACAAGGACACUGCCCCUGCUUUGGUCCCAGGUGCUCCUGUUGGCCCCGGCGCACCUGUAGGUGCUAUAGGCCCCGGUGCCCCUGUAGCUCCCGGUGCACCUGGUGCUCCUGUAGCCCCCGGCGGCCCUGGAGCCCCGGGCGCCCCGCCUGCACAGCAACCUGGACACCCACCACACAUCACGUCUCCACCGCAUCACCCUAUGAUGAUGCCACCGAACCCCAACGCCCCUGCUCAUCCCGGACCACCACCACCUCAUGGCGGACCCCCACCACCUCCAGGAGCAUAUGGCGGUGCCUACGGCGGUCGUUACUACGGAGGCUACGCCGGCGCGUUUGGCGGGGCGUACGGUCACGGCGCGUACUACGGCGGCGCGGCGGCGGGGGCGCACGGCCCGCACGGCGCGCUGGCCGCGCCCCCGCCCGACCACUACGCGCCCCACCACGCCAUGCACCACCAUGCACAGCCGCACCACCCACAUGACGCCAAACAGGAAGAGCCACAAGCAAAAAAAGAAGGUGAAUGAUCGUCACCAAAACGCGUCGUCAAGCGACGGCGCAAGUCCUCCCCGAAGGACGCGCAGUGAACGGCUCGUGAGACGUGACGUCACUGCCCGCAACAUUACAACUGUUGUUCUAUAGACUUUACAAAGUGAACCUACAGACUAUUGACUGUUUACUAGUGUAGUGGAAUUUUAAAUGGUUUCUUUCACAUAUUUCGAAGUGGGUAUCCAAUGUAAGAUUUCAAUCUAAGAUCGCUUUUAUGACUUAAGCCAUAAAACACAGUAUGAAUAGUUCUCAAGAUGGUCAAUAUUGCUUUUCUCGGAAUAACAAAAGCAAAGUUCAUGCGAGUUUGAACCUUAUAGGCUUAACUUCACAAUCUCAUAUAGAAAAAUUCGAUUAACCUAUUAAUUAGAAAUCAAUCAAAAUAAUUAGUUUUUCAAUUUUGGUUCAUAUUUAUCUACAAUUCUGUAAUUUUUACAUAUAAAAUGUAGGUAAUAUUUUAAGACAUGAGUAAUCGUUAAGGAAGAUAUUUUGUAUGCAGUAAGUUAUGUAUAUUUGUAAUAGCUUAGUUCUAUUAUUACUUAUUAAGUAUAAAGAAUCAAUAUAAGAAUAAGGGACUGCUUAAAUUACUAGAAAUAUGUGGUCAUACCUUAGAAUUGCCCAUUCGAUUUUAGCUAAUGAAUUCGACCUCUCAAUUUGGUCAAAAUCUUAACGAAAAAUACAUUAAUUGCAGUAUAGAUGCUUAUAAAUACAAUUGCUGAAUAAAAAGAAUAUACAGUAACCUCUAUCAUGAGUUUGAAGCAAUAGUAUUUGUCGAUAGUCGCUAGCGACGACGUAAUUUUUUUGUAUGUCAAUUGUUUUAAACUUAAAACUCAUGGUAGGAUUACAGUUUACCUACUUAUAAGAAUAAAUAAUGAUAUAGUAUUGUAGUAGAAGUUAGAAUUCUCCAUAUUAAAGAUCCAUACUGCUUUUUUUGUUAAAACUAUCAAAUUCCAUUAUCAGUUAAGAUUUGUACGAGUCCAUAAUUAAUUGUAAUUAAUAAAUAGUAGGAAACAUUUCAUUUGUAAUCACUGUUUUAAAUGUUUUAAUACACAAGACUAAGGGAUGGUUUAGAAAUAUACAUACUUCUAUAUACUUAAAAA